UCCAGGCUUAGGCGAAGAGGAGAAAUGAGCCCCGGGGGCACCGUGGCUAUCCUAGGGCCACAGAAAUAAUCCCCAGCGUCGCGGAGGCCGCUCCCCAGCCUCCUCGCAGGUUCGCGCGGUGCGCUUUGGGCUCUGGAUCCUAACUGGGAGAGGGCUGCUUGGAGAGGGGGCCACGUUUCCGAGAGGCAGCUGGGAAGCUCAGCGAGAUGCCAAACCUGCCCUCAGCCUUCCUGCCCCUCCUCCUGCUCUGCAAGUUUGUUGCCCCGGUGACCUUUCGUCACCACCGCUACGACGACCUCGUGCGGACGCUGUACAAGGUGCACAACCAGUGCCCGGACAUCACGCGGCUCUACAACAUCGGGCGCAGCGUGAAGGGGCGGUACCUCUACGUGCUGGAGUUCAGCGACCACCCUGGGAGCCACGAGCCCUUGGAACCAGAAGUCAAGUAUGUGGGGAACAUGCACGGAAACGAGGUGCUGGGACGAGAGCUGCUCCUCCAGCUGUCCGAAUUCCUGUGCGAGGAGUUCCGGAACCGGAACCAGCGCAUCCUGCGCCUCAUCCAGGACACACGCAUUCAUAUCUUGCCUUCCAUGAACCCUGAUGGCUACGAGGUGGCUGCUGCCCAGGGCCCAAACACGUCUGGGUAUCUGGUUGGCAGGAACAACGCAAAUGGAGUGGACUUGAACCGCAACUUCCCGGACCUCAACACCUAUUUCUACUACAACCAGAAGUAUGGCGGCCCCAACCACCACUUACCCCUGCCAGACAACUGGAAAAGUCAGGUGGAACCCGAGACCCGGGCGGUGAUCCAGUGGAUUCGCUCCUUGAACUUCGUUCUCUCAGCCAAUAUGCAUGGUGGGGCUGUGGUGGCCAAUUACCCUUAUGACAAGUCCCUUGAGCAUCGGUUCCGGGGUCCCCAUCACACCUCCAGUUCCCCCACACCGGAUGAUGAGCUCUUCCAGACGCUGGCCAAGGUCUACUCAUAUGCACAUGGAUGGAUGCACCAAGGUUGGAAUUGCGGGGACUACUUUCCAGACGGCAUCACCAAUGGGGCGUCCUGGUAUUCUCUCAGCAAGGGAAUGCAAGACUUCAAUUAUCUCCACACCAACUGCUUUGAGAUCACGCUGGAGCUGAGUUGCAACAAGUUUCCCCCCCAGGAGGAGCUGCAGCGGGAGUGGCUGGGGAACCGGGAAGCCUUAGUCCAGUUCUUGGAACAGGUUCACCAGGGCAUCAAGGGAAUGGUGCUUGACGAAAACUGUAACAACCUCACAGGGGCUGUCAUUUCUGUCACCGGCAUCAAUCAUGACGUCACUUCAGGUGAACACGGGGAUUACUUCCGGCUGCUGCUUCCCGGUACUUACUCUGUCACAGCCAAGGCCCCAGGGUACGACCCAAAAACAAUGACCGUGACCGUGGGGCCUGCAGGACCAACACGGGUCGACUUCCAACUCAAGCGAAGCACGUCUGGCCGAGGACAGGGAAGCAGGGCAAAGCAGGCCCGGAUACACAGAAAGAAAGACCUGGCAACAAAGCGACAUCGAGGCCCUGCCUGAAGCCCAGCACCCAGGGCCACACACAGCAAGGCCAGGGCCCCGCUCUCCAACCCGUGGCCACACUCUUAUUAUCUGGGACAUGGUUAGACAUAAGCACAUACAGAACAGUCCCGAGCAUUUCUCUCUGUCCCAGGAGCAAGCCUUCCUGGGCCAGCAUUAAAGGAGUCAGAACCUUGUGGAA